GGAGUGUGGAGCGUUAAUGCGGCCAGUUGCCUGGUGACGCCGAAGCUGUGCCUGUCUGUUUCCUGCGCCCUGUGUAUGUCACCCAAAACAAGUUUGAAACAGACAAAUCACCGUCGAUGCAUUGAGAUUAACGCGCUUACUUGUAUUUUAACUCCCGCGGAGGGGCUUAAGAUCACUCGCUAUGUGAUACAGACAGCAUCUCUGGAAGGAGGAUCAUGGACAGUUACUUAUUCGUUCGAGUUGUGGGGAAGGGGAGUUAUGGGGAGGUGAACCUGGUCAGACACAAAUCAGACCGUAAACAGUAUGUGAUCAAGAAGCUGAACCUGAGAACAUCCUCCAGACGUGAACGACGAGCCGCGGAGCAAGAAGCGCAGCUCCUCUCUCGGCUCAAGCAUCCCAACAUUGUCACAUACCGGGAAUCAUGGGAAGGUGAGGACUGUCAGCUGUACAUCGUGAUGGGUUUCUGUGAGGGAGGAGAUCUGUACCACAGACUCAAACAGCAGAAGGGAGAACUGCUGCCCGAGAGACAGGUGGUGGAGUGGUUUGUUCAAAUAGCCAUGGCCCUUCAGUAUUUACAUGAGAAGCACAUUCUGCAUCGUGAUCUGAAAACGCAGAAUAUUUUCUUGACCAAAACCAAUAUAAUCAAAGUGGGUGAUCUGGGCAUCGCACGGGUCUUGGAGAAUCAGAACGAUAUGGCCAGCACUCUGAUCGGCACACCUUACUACAUGAGUCCAGAACUGUUCUCCAACAAACCGUACAACUACAAGUCGGACAUAUGGGCUCUGGGAUGUUGCGUGUAUGAGAUGGCAACUCUAAAACAUGCCUUCAACGCAAAAGACAUGAACUCUCUUGUCUAUCGGAUCGUAGAAGGGAAGCUGCCCCAGAUGCCGAGUAAGUACGACCCCCAGCUGGGAGAACUGAUAAAGCGGAUGCUGUGUAAGAAACCAGAGGACAGGCCAGACGUCAAACACAUCCUCCGACAGCCGUACAUCAAACAUCAGAUCUCCAUGUUCCUGGAGGCCACAAAAGAGAAAACUGCCAAAUCACGGAAAAAUGCAGUGAACAGCAAACCGAGUGCCGGAUCAGAUGGCUCAACCAAACCAAAUCAUGAAGUUCAGCCACAGUGUUUUAACUCUGAGUCAAAGACCAGAAGAAAAAAGGUUGAAGAAAAUCACUUGAACAGACAAAAACUCUGCAAUGGUGAUGUGGAAAAUGUGGUUCCUAACCCACCAUUGCCACCCAAAUUUCCUAGUCGGGACAUGCUUAACUCAACAGGACAAUCUAUAGCCACUAUUAGCAAUAUAGACAUUGAAAUCCAAUCCCAGAAACAAAGAAAAGCCAAACCACCACAGCCAAAACCCAGCAGCCUUCAGAACCACAAGCCGCCAUCUGUGAGCAAGAAGAGAGAGAAAGAUGAGAAAGAAGAUCCCAGUCCUCCUCAGACACACCCUCUGAAACAAGAGUUUGGUGUCAGCAGGACGGAGGAUAAGAUGUCAGCAAAUGGACUGAAAUCAGAAAGCUCAAACGCACCCAAACCUGCGGAUCGAACCAAUAAUAAGGCUCUUGAUGCGAGUAUGGAUCUUAAAGACGACACUAUGAAGCUCCUGCAGGAGGCAGGGGUGGAGGACAUCCCGUAUGACCCCACUGAACAUCAUCACUAUGCUGAGAGAAAGUCGGAGAGCCAAAGAACUUCAGCUGCUGUUGAUGAUAAUCACAGCAAUGCUUGUGUCCUGAAGGAUGUUCCUACUGGAAGUUCAACUGAGGAGAGUGAGGGAAGUUUAGACUCCACAGAAAAACUACUCAAGCCUGUUCCUGUAAUUUUAAUGGAGCCAUGCAAUUCAGAGUCCACAGCACUCUCAGAUCAAAGCAGACCAGUUCUUCUUCCUUCUUCCUCUUCCUCCGAACCAUCCAUGUCACGUCAGCGCAGGCAGAGGAAGAAGGACAAGUCCCUAGAUGACCAGAACAGUCAUCAAGUCAAAGCAGUGCCCAGACCUCUGCCGCCUCUUCCUGAAGAUGUGCUAUCAAUAAACAGUGCACAGAAAGGCCAGAGUAACUCAGACGAACAGAACUUCCAAUCUCUCAUCCAAGAACGCUCCAGAACAAAAUCACUGUACUUACAGAAUCGCCCACUGUCUGCCAGGGAAAGGAGAAGACUGAAGCAAUUACAGGAGAACUCUAGACAACAAGCAGUGUCCGCUGUCAAAAGGGCACCUUGUGAUGUCCCCUCAUUAGACAGUAAGCAGACAGACCAGAUAGACUGCCCAAGACCUGUCAGCACAACUUUGGAAACAAAAAAGGAGAGGAAGUCCUCAUGGAGACAGUCUGACGAAGACGAGUGUAGUUCCUCCACCAGCUCCACUGAGCGUUCAGAGGGGGACUACAGAGAACGAAAGUGUGAGAACAAUGAGAUGCAAGACCUGGUUCAAAUGAUGACACAGACAUUACACAUGGAUGCCAGAGAUGUAUCAUUUGAGCCAGAUGGGCUAAGAUGCCACUCCACUCCACUGCCUGAGUUCAAACUAAACAGGAAGUAUAGGGACACACUGAUGCUUCAUGGGAAAUCCAGAGAGGGACAGGGAGAUUUCCAAAUCAGUGGCUUCCCGUUAGAUGACAGCACGGGUCCAGCAAAGGUCAGGAGAGUGAUCGAGCACUUGCGUACAGAUGUGGUUAAAGGACUCGGCGUGAAGCUGUUGGACCGAGUCCUGGACAUCAUGCAGGAAGAGGAUGAAGUUAAGAGAGAGCAUUUACUGCAGGAACAAAUGGGGGAGGAAAAAUACAAGCAGUACGCAGUGAAAGUGCAACAGCUGAAGUUUUUUGAGGACGUUGCAUUCAAAGAUUGAGCCAGAUGCCUUGUGAAACACUGAUAUACCGUUACUGCUGGUAGGCAGUAGACUGAUUUGUGCUCUUUACAGAAAAACAGGAAGCCUCCUAUCAACAAUCACUGUUACUUUUUUAAUGCUUUUGUAAAUGUAUAGUGAUAGUACUGAGUUUAACACUAGAUAUGCAAUAAAGCUAUGUUAUUAUGCACAUUUAAAUUUCACAAAAGCAUUAUUUUCUAUUGGAAAUGUGAACUUGUGCUAUGUGGAUAGCAAAAUUGAAUUAAAUUGCAAGACGUUGAAAAUAGUUCAAUAGUUUUCCUAUUUUCAUGACUGUAUAUUUAUAUUAUGAAUAAUGUAAAUCGAUAAGAAAUGAUUUAUAAUAAAUGACAUUUCAGGA